AUGGCACGGGCAUCCACGGCAGCUGUAUCAUCACCACAUGCCACCAGCUACCGGUGGUGCUACGUGGAGCAGGUAGACCAGGCCGCUCCCCUCGCAGGCAGGAGCAACGGGUGGCGGCACAUGGGGCCUGAAGGGAUCACCUAUAGGCGCCAGGCAGUCUUCGGCACGGGGUUNUGGCGGUACUUGGGGCCUGGAGGGAUCACCUAUAGGCGCCAGGCCGUCUUCGGCACGGGGUUUAGGGUUCGUAUCUCCUUCCCUUCCUCGCCGGGGCCGGGAUACAGGUGGUUCCACUCGCACCCCCUCGGAGGAGAUCCCAACCUGUACAAUUUUCAAACUUGGACGAGGACGGUGCUGCAGAGAGGCAUGGUCCACCCGCGUGACGCCGAGGCUUGGCGCACGGCGUUUGUAGAUGUAGAGGGUGGUGGCCUUGGACAGCUGGUUGUGUCAGCGGCCGACGAGAGCUGGCGAGUGAUCCUCUGCUGGGCGUCAGCUGGCAGGGAGAUCGAAGUCGACACCCAGGGCAUCCCGAUCUCUCUUGUGAACCUCCAGGUCCAAUCUGGUGUCGACUCACAGAGCCCUUUUUUCAGACAGCUUAACAUAGCGACCUUCGGGCACAGAGUUGUGAGAUAUGCCCCCAUCACCGCAUUCGGCAAAAAAUGGCAGAAACAGCUUGCUCUCUCUCUGAAGGAGUAG